CUCUGACAAAUUAUCUCAGCACCUUUCAGGAAGGAAAUUCUGCAGGAAAUUAUGUGCUGAAGCCAAAAUAUCUAACAUUACGAGUACUUUUGUGUAUUUAGUCGAAGUUUACCCUCAAACAUUUUAACCGCGUCAGUCUGACUGCUAUGGAGAUUUUCAGACGAAUUUAGCAUCGAUAUACUUUUUGUUUGUUUUUCAAAUUUUGAAUUAGGGUCGUUUUUCCCCAGAGAACAAAUAAGUUGAACACCUGUCAAAGUCUUGCUGUCAUAUGGCGUGUAAAAAGACUAAUGAGAUGCUGAAAAAACACUCGAAUUUUCGACAGUAUUGUUUGAUUAUCGCCACCUGUAAUGAUUAAAACCAACUUUGCCACGGGGGCGAUGCAUUCAUGAAUUCUUAUAAAGCGGCAAGAAAUCGGAUAAACAAAAACUAUAAUUUUCAUCAGUGAAAAUGACGAAUUCUUCGUGCAUGCAAAGCCAGAUUUUAUUAUUGUGACUACAAUGUCUGCAUGACGGUUUUCAGUUUCACUAACUCAAGUUAUUACAAGCAGCAAAAGGAGCGGCCACCCAGAUUUUAAAGUUUUUCAAGCUUGGCAAGAGGGAAAAUUGUGACCUAUCAUGUACGGCUUUUUUGACACUGAAAAGCUGAUGUAGGAAAAAUGACAGCUUUACAGGUAUAAAAGCAUUUUAAUGUUGUUAUAUAAAUCAAGAUCAUGAGAGAUUCAUACUGUGCAGAGCUGCUGCGAUAUAUGCCCUCGAGCACCGAUGUUAAAAACCUUCGUUCCUCUCUAAUGAUCAAUUGUGUCGUGAACGCCUUCCUAGCUUAUAGCACGGUUAUUUUGAACUGUGUAACAAUCCAUGCCGUGCGGAAAACAUCUUCUUUGUCGACACCGUUAAAAACAUUGCUGUUGAGCCUUGCUGUUUCGGAUGUCAGUAUUGGUUUGCUAAAUCAACCGUUUUACGUCGCGCUAUUGUCGAGAUCUCUUCAAGGUUUCAACCUCGACUGUACUGCAUACACAUCUUUCACCUUCGUCAUAGUAUUCUUUACAUCAGCUUCGCUCUUUGGAGUGAUGGCCGUGAGUGUAGACAGGUACAUGGCUAUUCAUCUACACCUCAGGUAUCGAGAACUUGUAACCGAAAAGCGAAUCGUGGCCGGUGUGGUUUUGAUAUGGGUUUUGAGCGGUUGCAUGUCGUCGAUCUUUCUAUGGAUCCCUCCUAACCUCUUCGCUCUGACAUUUGCGAUUGCCGCAGCAAUCUGCCUCCUGUUUUCAACGUUUCUUUAUUUCAAGAUUUACACCAUCGUCAAGCGUCACAGUACCCAGAUCAGACAAAUGCAGCUACAGCGAGUGAGGAACGCUUUUCGUAACGACGAACUCAUGACUAAUUUUGCCAGCCUUAGAAAGUCCGCCAUAGGAACUUUUUAUGUGUACGCAGUGUUUUUACUCUGCUAUACGCCUCAUGCCUUUAGCCUCAUCGCCAUUUCAGCUCGAGCGGGAUCACCUACAGCAAUGAAAGGAUUGUAUCUGUACUCUUUGACUUUAACUUUUCUCAAUUCAUGUCUUAACCCUGUUAUUUAUUGCUGGAAAAUGAGACCCAUUCGCCGGGCCGUGUUGAACAGUUUGCCAUUUUUGCGAAACACUGAACGCGAAAGCUUUUGGCAAACCAGGACUUAUAAUGAAGAAGGAACUGUUUUUAGUCUCUGACAUUUUUCUCCCCAGCAGUUUCGCAGCUGAUAUCAAUUCAAUCCAAUUUGUGGGUUUAUAUUAGAGCGCUUACCUAACUUAUAGUCAAACUUGUGUUUCCCUUGAUGCUACGUUUGAAUAGAGUCUUAACUCAUCACAAAAAAAUGCGCUUCGUGUACUGUGUAUUAAACCGAUUAAAAUCUAUGAUCGCUCCCUCUGCGUCUCAUUGUAAGCCUUUUUUAUGCUUUUUCCUCGUUUUUAUUCCCCUCCCUUCAGUUCCCCGACAGAGAAUUGGCUUAAGCCUUUUUUCGAAACAAUCCAUCUUUUUUUAUUUCUUCACGAAUUUUUUCCAGCCUUUUUUCUAUCCCAGAAAUUAACAUUUCAAGGUUUCUUUCACCUUGAAUGCAAUUAUGUGCGCCGCGAACCAUAACUGAUGUAAUCAACUUUUAAAAAAAUGCUCGAAAAUAAUUGGCUGUUAAUAUGCGGUUCUACUUUUCACUAAAUUGAACACAGAGGAGCGAGGGUGUCCAAUAACUGUAAAGUGUCUAAUAACAAGAUCUAAUAACAAGAUCUCCCAUGACAAAUUAAAGUCGCGCGACCUGCACUUGAUUGGUUUCCUUCUUGUAACUGGAUAUGUUCCUAUUUCACGUUCCCAAAACAUCUUGGAAACAUGUCUCUUUUUCCUGCUCAUUUUGUCUGAUAGAGAUGAGUAACUGAUAACACACUUCACUUUGCCAAAAUUUCUUAGUAGUGAUUCAACUUUGUUGACUGGCACGACAACUGGAAAGAAAACAUCAUGGCAUGCAAUCAAAUUCGCAGUUAAACAAAAUAAAUUUUGUUUAUCAAAUUUCUGAUUACAGAAAGAAUUAGACUGCACUCAGACCUAACAAUGUUGAUCUUGCUCUGUCUCAAAUCGAAAUAAUCUCAUCGCACUUUGUCACUAAAACAGCUGCGUCUCCUGGUAAUAACUGAGCUGUCACGUUUAGUAACUAUCGUAGUUCUUUGUAAUGACACUUGACGCAUUGUGGAAGAAAUUGAGCUGUCGCUGUCGAAGACGAUGUGAUUAAGGGAGUUUAAGAAAACCACUGCGGCAACGACAACGGGAAAGUCACUAAACAAAAGGUUUAAUGAGUAGAACAAUUGCUGUGCUCGUGGGUUGUAAUUCUUGGUACAUUUCUUUGCCGUCCUCUGCAAAACAACAACGUGAAAUGACCAAAUUCUGCGAUGUCUGGAGAAC